ACCUUCAACAGUAAAACCAUUCCUUUAUCAAACUCUGUACCCUUGGUAAAAUAGGGUUUUGUUAAACAUCGGUUAGUGUAUUACCCCGGCACUUCCAAAUUUCAAAAAAAAUGUAAUCCCCAUUGCAUUCCAUUGGGGAUAUUUGAGCACACUUCUUCACUCUUUCCAUUUCCAGUACUGCCAUUGAAGAAGCUCCGCUAUGAAAAUAAAAGAAUUAUAGUGUGGCUAUUUGAGCGAGCUGGAAAUGGCGAACAUUCCCAGACUGACAGCUGGAAGCAAUGCAGAGCAGGUGGAAUGGUGCGAGGAGCUGAUCACUAAAAUACUUUCGAGGGUUUCAACAAGAGAUGUGCUAAAGAUGUGUACAGUGGUACAGAGAUGGCGCACAAUGAUUUUUGACCCAUCUUUUGCAUACACCCAUUACAAGAAUUCUCACCCAGAAUCAAUGUUUUUUUUCCAUGAGUACAAACCAGUCAGAGGAACGAUGCGAGAAACCUUUCAAUUCCGCUCUUACAAUCCCAAAACGGGUAAUCUUUCAAUUGUUCCUUUUUCUUGGGAGGGCUUAGACAGUUCUUUUCUAAAUACGAAGUUAAAGUUAGUUUCUGCAUCAAAUGGGCUGAUGUGCUUCUUUUGUCCACAUGAGCAUAGGGAUUUCCGAGUGUUUUCGGUGUACAACCCUGUAACAAAGAUUUUAAGAAAAUUGUCAGUACCUAUUGAAGUGGAUGUAUUCAUAGGAACUUUUGUUGGCAUUUGUUAUACGCAUAAUACUGGAAAAUUGGUGAUGGCUUGCUUCUCUGUUGACGAGGAGCAAGCAUAUAUCCUAGUGUUUGAUUUCCAAACAAAUUCGUGGCAUAAGGGUCCGCCUCUACUGCGCUCUAUUGCUUUAUUCUUAGGGGAUCCCCUUUUUUUGAAUGGUGUCAUUUAUUUCAUUGCUAUAGCCGAAAGCAUAGAUGCAGAGGAAUUGAAAGAAAUUAGAGAUGUAGAGGCCUUGUAUAUAGAUGACCAAGAUUUUUUAUACAUGAUUAUAGGUUAUGAUGUGAAUCAAGAUCAAUUGAGCUUUUCUAUUUUCAUUCCUGCCUCAGUAGGCUAUCCACAUUGCCUCAUUGAAUGGGAGGGAAAUCUAUUAGUUUGUUCAUCUAAUUCCACCCAUAAGGAAAACCCAUUUGUAUUGGCAGCAAGUUCAUCCCAUCUGUACAGAUGGGAUGAGGGUGAUGGGCAUUAUGUUUUGUGGGUAUUGGAUACAAAACAUAAGCUGUGGACACAAGAACGGGAAUUAGAUUUAUCACAAGAGUUUCACACUUCCUGGCUGGUCAAGGUAUCUGCAAGCGGUGGCGUAGUAUGGUUUACAUGUGGUUACAAUGCUGUAACAGUUUACCAUAUGGAGAAGAGACAUUUGUCCACUCAUCGACUAGACGAUGCUCUUGCUUUGAGGCAGCGGAAAAAUAUAGAAUGUUUAUCUUUUGAGCCUACCCUUUUGUCAUUUUGAAACCCUUUUGUGAAACUGGAGUUGGAUUACAAUCUUGGUGCUGUUUGCAUUCAUAUAAAUUUGUGUGUAUGAGAGAGAGACAAAUAAUCUGACCUGCAAAUUGCUUUUGGGUUUAGUUGAUGACGGUCUGAUUCAGUUGAGCGUAGAUAUAAGUACUGUCAAAGUGUAACAGAGGCAGCACCUCCAGGAUUGCUUCUUGUCAAUCUUUCUACCUUUCACAACUGUCAUGUUUUUGCCUCAAACAGUUUGUUAUAUCAUGUUUUUGUCCAUUACAACAAUUCAUUGGUUUAUGAAAUUCUUCUUAGUUCUGUAGCAUGAAUUUAGA